AUAUAUUUCUCUUUAUUAAUUCUACUUAUUUUAUGGUUAAAAUCUGCAUCUGAAAAACUAGCUAGAAAGCAGUCAGACUGUUUGCGAUGACCACAGUGGCGACAUCACAGCAACAACAAAUCGAAAAACAAAAAGAUAGACAGACGCAGCGAAAAUAAGCGAAAGAGCAGACGCAGAUGAAUCGACAAGGACUCGGAAAAGGAAAAUUAAGUUUGUAAUUUGCAAGAAUAGAUUCUCGCGACACUAGGAUGAGCGUUUCUGCCGCUGUUGACCAGUACACGGUGCUUACUGGGGACCGUUCCAAGAUCAAGGACUUGCUCUGUAGCCGUCUCACGGAGUGUGGCUGGCGGGACGAGGUGCGCCUGAUGUGCCGCAACAUCCUGCUGGAGAAGGGCACCAACAACAGCUUCACCGUGGAGCAGUUGAUCACUGAGGUGACGCCGAAGGCUCGCACCCUGGUGCCGGAUGCCGUCAAAAAGGAACUGCUAAUGAAGAUUCGCACCAUUCUCACGGAGAAUGAGGAGGCCGACGAAGCGGAGGAAGAGCCCUAGCUUUAACUUACAUAUACAUACAUUUUAUGUAAGCGCAAUAAGCUUUUUAUAUUAAUAAAGUUUAUUUGUACGAUUUUAUA